AUGCUCGGCAUCAACCCCUACGCCAACCCGAUGGCUGGCGCCAUGUACGGCCCGUUGCUGCAACAAUCAAUGAUGGCGGGCCCGAACAGCGCUUUCGCUCUCCCGCAACAGCAAUAUCCUCAUGGCAUGCCAGCCCAGCAGUCAGCCGGGCACAUGCUUCCCAUGGCACCGACGUCAACGCAGCCGGUAGCUCCGACCUACUCUUCCAGCCAGAGGAAUCCUUACCUCCAAACACCCAGUUCCGCAAAACCAGCCAAACCCGCCGCCCCGAAAGCGACUGACCCACCGCAGCUUACCACCAAACACAUCAUCGUCGACAUCGCCGACACCUGUCUCAACGUAUUCCCCUUCGAAGAGGUGGCGAAACGGCACAACCAGCCAGAGCAAAAAGUCAGAGAUAUCUUCGGAGCGGUCAUCCAGGUCCCGCUACUGCGGUGCAACACCGACAAGAGGAGGGCCGGCAAGCUGGGCACGGCACGCGUCAAGGAGUUCAACCAGGCGAAGAAGGACGCGCAGGCGCAGGUCAGCUCGAACCAGUCAAAGCAGGACGCCAUGGCCCAGGGUCCAUACAUGCCAUCGGCGUGGGAGAUGGCGCAGUUUAUGGGGCCAAGUGACGUACGACUAGGGAUGUUCAACAACCAGUUCACCGGGCCUUGGUAA